AAAUCAUUGGAAGAGUCCUCUACUCGCUAAGGACAGUUAAGAAUAGAAGCUGAACACUUUAAAACUCUAUCUCAUCGGUGAAGCUUUUUUUUUUCAUAUUUUCUGAUUUAGACAGGAUGCCAUUUUUCAAAAGGAAGAUUUCACAAGAGACAUUCAAGUCUAAUAAAGAAAAGGCACAAGUCGAUAGUUCAACUGUCACUGAUAUAGAAUCAAAUGCAAAUGAGGUGCUGAAAAAUCCAACACUAAAGAAGACCUCCCCUGUUAUACGAACAAUCAUUGGGAAAACGCCUGCUCCAAUUGAACAAAAUCAUGAAACUUACCCAUUUUUAAAAGCCAAUUUUUUUCAAGCUUUAACAUUCACAUGGGUUGCUCCAUUGAUCAAGAAAGGUUACUUGAGAAGGAUUGAAGAUGAGGACCUAUACCAGCUGGAUGGUGAUUUGAAAGUUCGAGAAAUGACGGAAAAGUUUGAGCAGAGUCUAGCAAAAAGAGUUGAAGAAUGGAAAAGGAAAAACCCAGACAAGGAGAAAUACACCAAGAUAGUUGUUAUUAAAGCUAUAAAUGAUACUUUCAAGACAAGGUAUUGGAAAGGUGGUGUCUCAAAAGUUUUUGCUGAUCUCUCACAAAUUUUGAAUCCGCUAUUGGUUAGAACAUUAAUUAAGUAUAUUCAACACAAAGGUGAUAAUAAAGUUGUACCUCAAACUGGCCACUCAGUUGGUACUGCAAUUGGUAUAUCAGUAAUGCUAAUUUUUUCAAGUUUGAUGAUUAGUUCCUUUUUCCACCUCUCUAUGUUGACUGGUGCUCAAUGUAAAGCUUUAUUGACAAAUGUGAUUUACAGAAAAGCUUUCAAAUUAAGCGCUAAAGCAAGAUUAGAUUUUCCUAAUGGUAAAGUGAAUAGUUUAGUCAUGGCGGAUUUGUCAAGAAUUGAUCUUGCGGUUGGUACUUUCCAUUUUGUUUGGGCAUUUCCUAUCUCAUUUAUUGUUGCUUUAAUCGUGUUGGUUGUCUAUCUUGGUGCUCCUGCGUUACUUGGUUUGGCUUUAAUUUUGAUUCUUCUAGGAUUCAUGAUGUACGCCACAAGAAAGUUAAAGAACUUGCGGAGACAAUCAACUGUUUAUAUUGAUAAAAGGGUUCGUUCUAUUAAUGAAAUCAUCAAUACAUUGAAGAUGAUCAAAUUUUACUGCUGGGAAAAACCAUAUUAUGAAACAGUUGAGAAAUUUAGAUUGAAUGAAAAACGUUUUAUUUUGAAAAUGCAACUAUUGAAGGCUAUUUUGAAUUCUGGUGUUUCUUCUGUUGCCGUUUUAGCUACAAUGGUUGUUUUUUUGACUAUGCAAAAAACCAGUACUAAUUUUCAAUCUUAUAACAUCUUCUCUGCUGUCACAUUGUUUAACACCUUGAGGUUUCCAUUGAAUGUCUUACCUAUGGCUGUUGGUUUUCUUGUUGAUGCAUUACUAGCUAUGGAUAGAGUUGCUGAAUUUUUACAAGCUGAAGAAGGUGAAGAUACGGUUGAAAGAUAUGAAUAUGAUGAAUCUGAUAAUGCUAUUGUAAUUGAAAAUGGUUGCUUCAAGUGGGAUGUUGAGGAAGACGAAGAUUUCAAGUUGAAGGCCCAAAUGACCAGACAGUCGAUGAAACCACAUCAAACCAAUGAAGAUGAAGAAGGUGAAGAUUUGAGUUUUCCUGGGCUACUGAACAUUGACUUAACUGUUAAAAAGAAUGAAUUGGUGAUUGUAACUGGUUCUAUUGGUACUGGUAAAACUUCAUUAUUGAAUGCCAUUGAAGGUUCAAUGAGAAAAGAGUCUGGGGAUUCCAAAAUUUAUGGUUCUUUAACAUUUUGCUCGUACCCUUGGAUACAAAAUGAAACCAUUAAAGAGAAUAUUUUGUUUGGUCUCCCAUUUAUUAGAUCCAAAUACGAAUCAAUUGUGAAAGCAUGUGCAUUAGACGUUGAUUUUGAUGUUCUACCAGAUGGUGAUCAGACUGAGGUUGGAGAGCGUGGUAUCACUUUAUCAGGUGGUCAAAAGGCAAGAAUCAACUUGGCUAGAGCUGUUUAUGCUGAUAGGGACAUUAUUUUAUUGGAUGAUGUUUUAAGUGCAGUUGAUGCUCGUGUUGGUAAGCAUAUCAUGAAUGAAUGUAUUUGUGGAUUAUUGAAAGAUAAAACGAGGUUACUGGCCACUCAUCAACUUUCAUUAAUUGGUGCUGCUGAUAGAAUUAUUGUUUUGGAUGGCUCUGGAUCGAUUGAUAUCGGUACUUAUAAUGAAUUGAUGGCCUCAAAUAGUGCCUUUGCCAAAUUGAUGGAGUUUAACAAAGAGCAAGAGGACGAAGAAGAGGAAGAGGAACAGUUAGAAGAGCAAGAAGAAAUGGAACUCGAACGUCAAAAGACACAAAUUUCCAGAAUCCAAUCUGAAAAACAAGAAGAUGAGGACGCAAGAAAAGAAAAGGGUAGAAUAACCGUUGCAGAAGAUAGAGGUACACAGAACAUCUCAUUUGGAAUUUAUGCCAACUAUAUGAUUUUGGGUAGUGGGAAACUUGGUGUUGCCAUUGUACCACUAUUUUUGCUGAUUGUUGUUUUGAAUGGAUUCUUCCAACUAUUUUAUUCCGUGUGGUUGAGUUUUUGGAUUUCUCAUAAGUUUGAUAUUUCAGACUCUACUUACAAAGGGUUAUACAUUAUGUUUUGUUUCUUGGCCACAUUUUCCUUCGUAACUUUGUUCAGUGCAAUGGCCGCGCUAAAUAACAAAGCUGGUUUACAUUUAUUCAACUUGAGUGCGCAGAAACUACUAAAGACACCAAUGUGGUUUAUGGAUGUUACACCAAUUGGUCGUAUUAUGAAUAGAUUCACGAAGGAUGUCGAUGUCUUGGAUACUGAUAUGAUUGAACAACUUAGAUUGUUUGUUCAGUCUGUAUCUUUGGUUGGUGGUGUUGUUAUUUUAUGUGGUGUUUAUAUUCCAUGGUUCUUUUUGGUGUUACCAUUUGUUUUCACAUUAUAUUACUAUUUGGCUCAUUAUUACAAGACAUCAGCGUUGGAUAUUAAAAGAUUGGAAUCUGUCAAAAGAUCAUUUGUCUUCAGUCAUUUCAAUGAAUCCUUGAGUGGUAUGAAAGUUAUCAAGUCAUACUCUUCAUCAGAAAGAUUUAAAGACAAGUACGAAAGUCUGAUUGAUAGUAUGGAUGCUGCUUAUUUCUUAACGUUAGCAAACCAAAGAUGGUUGAGUAUCAGAUUGGAUUGUAUUAGUUCUUUGGUCAGUUUUUUCGUUGCUAUGUUGUGUAUCUUUGGUGUUUUCAAUAUGGACGGUGCUUCAUCUGGGUUAUUAGUGUCCUAUAUUAUUCAAAUUGCAUCUAUGAUGUCACUUUUGUUAAGAUCAAUGACCCAAUUAGAGAAUGAUAUGAACUCUGUUGAGAGAUUGUUUGAAUACGCCAAAAAAUUACCAGAAGAAGGUCCAUUUGAGCUUGAAGAUAACAAGCCAGAUGAAAGCUGGCCAGAACAGGGUGGAAUUGAAUUUGACGAUGUGUGUUUGAGCUACAGAGAAGGACUACCGCUAGUUUUGAAGAAUGUUUCUUUCAAAGUAAAUCCUAGUGAGAAAAUUGGUAUAGUGGGUAGAACUGGUGCUGGGAAAUCCACAAUCAUGAAUGCCUUAUUCAGAGUCACCGAGCUAGCUCAAGGGAGAGUCAUUAUUGAUGGUGUUGAUAUUUCUAAAAUUGGGUUAAAUGAUCUGAGAUCUAAAUUGUCAAUCAUCCCACAAGACCCUGUGUUAUUUCAUGGUACAAUCAGACAAAACCUGGAUCCUUUUGGUGCCAGUUCAGAUUUCGAUUUAUGGGAUGCUUUGAAAAGAAGUUGGUUAGUUGAAGAUGGUGCUGCUGGUACUGGCCAAUUUGUUGCUGGUAAAUCUGACAUUAAAACCUUACACAAGUUUCAUUUAGAUCAAAAAGUUGAAGAUGAUGGUGCCAAUUUCUCGUUAGGUGAACGUCAAUUAUUAGCGUUGGCUAGAGCUUUGGUUCGUAAUACCAGAGUCUUGAUUUUAGAUGAGGCAACAUCAAGUGUUGAUUAUGAGACUGAUUCUAAGAUCCAAUCCACAAUCAUUAAUGAGUUCAGACAAUGCUCAAUCUUAUGUAUUGCGCAUAGAUUGAAGACGAUCUUGAACUAUGAUCGAAUCUUGGUUUUGGAUAAAGGUGAAGUUAAAGAGUUUGAUACACCACUAAAUCUAUUUAAGCUUGGAGGGAUAUUCACUGAGAUGUGUGAAAGAUCCAACAUUACGGAGACUGAUUUUGGAGCAUAA